AUGGCGCCUAAAAGCAAGGGCACAAGAGUGAACCUCCGCGACCUGCAGCGCGAACUGCAGACCACCACCAUUCUUCCUGAUGCUCCUCG